AUGUCGGAACGACGUAUUGAUGUAAACCGCAGCAACUAUUCGGUUAUCGAUAACGAAUUUGGUAAUAUGCGUGACCGUUUCGAACAGGAAAUGCGUCGUGUUGAAGAUGAAAUGAAACGUCUUCGUUCUGAAUUUGAAGGCUAUAGACCAGGAGCACAUCCUCCAUCAGCUAUAUCUAGCAAGCCUUUCGACUCAUCUCUGUCACCUCCACUUCGCCAUCAAGAAGGUUUCGGAGCUCCUCCUUCUUCAUUUGGCCGUUCUGAUUUGAUGUCACGUCCUAUGUACGAUCCUUAUUUGGACAAUCUCAAGAGCCCUCUUAUCAAAGACGAAAGCGAUGGCAAAACUCUGCGACUCAGGUUCGAUGUGGCUCAAUACAAGCCAGAAGAGGUGACCGUCAAAACUAUCGACAAUCGUCUUCUUGUACAUGCGAAACAUGAAGAGAAAACACCACAACGCACUACUUUUAGAGAGUACAAUCAGGAGUUUCUACUUCCUCGUGGAACAAAUCCUGAGCACAUUUCGUCGACACUUUCAACUGAUGGUGUUCUAACCGUUGAGGCACCGCUACCACAUUUGGCGAUUCAACAGUAA